AUGUUCGCCCUACGAGACGCAAUUUACCUGAUCGAACUGGCAUUCUAUGCCCCCAUAGUCCCUGCUAUCAUCUUCAUCAUUCUACUCCAUGGCAACAAGCACCCCUACACAUGGCGCCCGAUCGUGAUUCCCCUCGUCAUUCUCUCCGGCUUGCGAAUCGCCGCCGCAGGACUGGGCCUAGCAGCCAUGGACCCCGCAAAAUCCAAUCUCCUGACAACAGCCACCCUUCUAGACACAAUCGGACUCGCGCCAGUCUUGUGUCUCUUGAUAGGACUUUUGAUCCGAGCCAACGCCCCUGUAUACAAAGGCCUGCCUCUCUGGGUCUUCAUCCCGCUGCAAAUGAUCACCAUAGCAGCGACGGUGAUGACUGCAUACGGCGGCCGAGACCUCUACACGAGCCGAGAGAGCCAAGCGCAAGACCUCCGCUUGAUGCGCGCCGGCAUCAUUCUCUUCAUCGCCCUCUUCACUGGGAUUGUUGUCCUCUCGGUUAUCACCAUGCUCAAGGUCCGGGUGAAGUUCUACCGCACUGAACGCGCCGCUGUCGUUUGCGCUUUGCUCUGUGUACCCUUUAUGAGUGUACGGUUGGCGUUCUCCGCUGGAUCGUUGUUUUCGGGGGAUGGGUCCGUGUUGAACCCGAUGUCGGGGGAUGAGACGGGAAUUUGGCUGCAUUUCCUCAUGGUCAUUGUUAUGGAAUAUAUCGUUGCGCUGUCUGCCACCGCUGUUGCUCUGACUGCGAGGAAGGUGGUGGUUUUGACGGCAGGAAAGGCUGAUUCACUUAAGGAUGAGGAGAUUUGA